ACAAGACGUCGCAGCUUCCGAAGUGCAUAUUUCCUCGAUAAGAUUAUACCUCGUCAAUAGCCGUGAUUCACGCGUCCCAAAUCUCCACCAUGAUUAAAGCUAUUCUGGUUUUCAAUAACCAUGGGAAACCUCGCUUGUCAAAGUUCUACCAAUAUUUCAACGAAGACAUGCAGCAGCAAAUCAUAAAGGAAACCUUCCAGCUGGUGUCGAAAAGGGAUGAUAAUGUGUGCAAUUUCCUCGAAGGUGGAAGUUUAAUUGGCGGUUCAGAUUAUAAGCUUAUCUACCGACACUACGCAACACUGUACUUCGUAUUUUGCGUCGACUCUUCCGAGAGCGAGCUGGGUAUUCUGGAUCUGAUACAGGUGUUCGUCGAGACGCUAGACAAAUGCUUCGAAAACGUCUGUGAGUUGGACCUGAUUUUCCAUGCUGAUGCCGUUCACCACAUACUGUCCGAGCUCGUAAUGGGUGGGAUGGUGCUGCAGACGAACAUGUCCGACAUUCUGGCCCGCAUUGAAGAGCAGAACAAGCUUCAAAAACAAGAAGCAGGCAUAUCGGCAGCACCGGCUCGAGCCGUCAGCGCCGUAAAAAGCAUGAAUCUUCCGCAACAGAUUAAGGACAUCAAAUUACCCGAUUUACCGCAGGCAAUUAAGGAUCUAAAGUUCUGACCAAACCACAACUUUGACGCAUCUUUGCUUACGAAAAUAGCAGCCGAUUCAUCUUACAUUCCCAUUAACAGCAGCUUGGAAGGGUUCAGCUUUGAAUGUUACCAGUCCGAGUAUAUCGGUAUAGGAUCAUCCGCAGUUGACCGUGAUGCAUGUUUGUCCCCUAGUACUCACAGCCAGCAACCGCAACAGCAGCACUUGUCUGAGCUUCGAGUAAAGCAAAAAAUAGCCAAAAAAGGAUCAUCUACUGCUCCAGCCAGCGUCACCCUCUUAUCUAGUGCCGGUCGAUCGAAUGAGAAUAGUUUUUAACGUACGGAAUACCAAGGGCCGACAAAAACUGCUUUUAAAUUGGUUUCCCGUGGUGCUUUUAAAACCCCCUCUUCUCCUAGGCUUAUUACGGCACAAGCCAGGUUGUUUGUUACUGUCUUAUGCAUAAUAAUCUUUGCCUUUAAGUUCUUAAACAUCAUAAUGUAAUAUGCAGGCUAGAAUUACUCAUUGUGAAACGAAAUUAUCAGAAAAAGUAAUGCUCACCUCAUGAUGAUCAGCAGUAGAGCAUGCUUCGGAUAUGUUAUGGACCUAUCCCAUGUGAUGGGGAAUGGGUCAUUUUGGAUCAAAGAUAAAAAAACUUCAUCA